CGUACCCGUAACCAACCAAAACCAACCCCCUUCCCCCCCGGCCAAAAAAAAAAAAAGAAAAGAAAAGAAGAGAAGCCAUGUUCCCCUUCUUCUCCCGCCAAUCAACCUCCAAAAAAGGCUGGGUUCGCAUCGGCCUCCUAUCCGAUUUCCCCGAUGUAGAAUCCAAACCCGAUGGAACGUGUCGGGUAACGCCGAGCUGCAAAGCUUUCACCAUCCCCAACACCACCACCACCACCACUACACCCCCAGAGCCAAUCACAGCGGAUAUCGAUAUACCAGGGGAUAUGAAAGAUCAGGUUCUGGUGUUUAGAUAUAAAGGGAAGGUUCAUGCGGUUGAUCAUCAAUGUCCUCACUCAUCGUUUCCCCUCUCACAAGGGAAUUUAUUCGAUAUUGAGGACUUCGGGGUCGUGUUGAGUGCGGGUAUCACGUGUCCGAAACAUGAUUGGUCGUUUGAUCUUUUUUCGGGACAGGGGGAUCGUGGGAAUUAUAAGUUGAAGAUUUGGGAGGUGGAUGUUAGGGAGGGGAGUGGGGAGGCGGAGGGGGAUAAGGAGGUUUGGGUGAGGAGGAAGCAGAGGAUUGGGUAG